CCCUGUUGCUCUCCUGCCGCGCUGCCUUGCUGCCUUGCUGUCUCACUGUUUCUUUGCAUUUUGUAUCGCGCAGUUGCCGUUUCUCUGCCUUGGUCUGAGUGUGUGUGUGUGUGUGGGCCUCUCUCACUGUUUUUGUGUGCGUCUGUGUGCAUUGUUUGUAUUAUUUGUUGUUCGUCAGCAACAAAAGCAACAAUAAAAACAGUUGCCUGCUCCUCUGCGUGUGCAGUUGUGUUCGUGUAUGUGUGUGUUGGUUCGUGUGGCAGUGUGUGUGCGACAGAGAGCAGGGUUUUUGUGCGUUGUUGUUCUCUGUUUGCUCGCCGCUCGUUGGACGUUGGUUUUGUUGUUGCCUCUGUGUGUUCUACGUUGCCGAUAGAUACUUUUCGCCCAUGGCCCCGCCGCUCGCGUAUCUGUGUGUUUUAGUCGCUUUUGGACGUGAAACAUACGACAUCGACACAACCGACUACUGCCACCGUUGCCGCCGUGGAGCAGCGCGCCCGAGCGCACAAAUUUCAAACUCAACAUUUUUGUACGUUACGUCAGUCGAAUUGACUUGAAUCCGUUCCCGUUCCCGUUCCCGCUGUUGUUUUUGCGGUCCGGUCGCAUUCGCAUUCGCGGGAGGAGCAACAAAAUAGUUUUUGGCGCCGUUUUUUCUUGUGUCUGGCGCCAUUCGAAAACUGAUUUUGGAAAACGUUCUGCACAUCAAGUCUCUGCAAAGAGACAACAACACCAAAAGGAUAGUAUCCCACCAGAACAUCGAAUAUGACAACCACAACGCGCAGCAGCAGCAGCACCAACAAUAACAACAACAGCAGCAACCACAACGACAGCGAGGAGAGGGCACAGGAAGGAGCCUCUGUCUACAGCAGCCACAACGGUAAUAGUCCAGCGAACAUUGGAUCCACGAAUCGCGUCAUGCAGGCGGACGAGGACUUUAACAUAAGGUUCGUCAAUCUGGUGCGCACCCACAAGUGCCUCUACGACAAGAAGGUGCCCGAGUACCGCAACAGGGACAACCAGGAAAAGUCGUGGGUGCUGAUCUCGAAGGAAACCCGUGAAAGUGUCAUUCACUGCAAGGAGCGGUGGCGCAAUCUGCGCGCCUGCCUCUCGCGCUACAUCAAACAGCAGAGCGGAUCGGAGCCACAGCACAAGCCCUACUACCUUACAGAGCAUAUGGCCUUCCUGCUGCCCUUCCUCAAGUCUACGCGCAAUACGUUGGACGGCAACAGCAGCCUGGCCACGCUCUUCCAUCUCUCCCAGCAGCAGCACCUGAGCCACCUGAACCAGCAACAGCCGCAGCGUCCCCAUCAUACGCUGCCCCUGACGCAUCCCCACGAGGAGCACAUGUACUGCUCGACCGCCAGCAAUAAUAACAACAACAACAAUGGAGAGGUCAUGGAGCUGAAGCACUCGAUGUCGGAGAACGACGAUGAGGAGACCAUCGACGCCUUCGACCCCGCCGUUGCCAGCACCCUUAACCUGCAGCGGGGUGCCCCAGCCACGCCCACGAGUCAUCAUCAACCGCGCGGAAGUUCGCCCGCCCGGAGCGAUACGGCUAGUGCUGACAGCAUGCAGAAUUUCAUUCCGGACGUGCAGCUGGCGGAGUCGGGCCCAAACUUGAUUUACAACGAUGGAGGUCGCGGCACGCCGCCACCGCUGCACUACCACCCGCACUCGCUGCCACAUCCGAUGGACGGCCACCACCACCAACACCACAGCCACCAGCACCAGCACCAGUUCGAGCCGGGCAGCGCCAAGCGGAUCAAGACGGAGUGCGAGGCCACCAGCACGAUGCCGAACGGCGGGGCAAAUUUCUAUGGGGGACUGAGCGUCGCGGAGCUGGCAGACAUGGAGUUCUUCCGCAGCAUUCUGCCGGACAUUGCGGCACUGACGCCGCAGCAGCGUCGCAAAUUCAAGAUCGGGAUCCUGGAGCUCAUCGACGAUGUCGUGGCUCGCUAUCCCGGACCGGAGCGCUACAACGGAGGAGGAUGCGUGGUCAACGGCAGUGGCGGGAGCAGCACUAACGGCGGGGGAUCCCUAAACAGCACGGCGGGCAGGCAGCAGCGCCGGAGCUCAGGGCGGGACUGGCGCAAGUAGAACGUCACUAGUCACUAACUAGAUGUAGGCCAAUUUGUUUAGUUAGUAGCUAAUAAUUGGACUGGAGUGGAGGAAGAGACGACCGCUCCAGUCCGCUCACUGUCCAUGUGUUGUGUGCGCUCAAUGAGUAAGGAUUAGGAUAUAGGAUAUAUGUAGUUCUAAGAAGGGGAAGCCGUGCCCCACCUGUAUAGCCUCUGUAUAUAGCGUGUGUAUAUGCGGCAAGAACACGUCGUCGCAUAGUACAGCAUAUACAUAUAUAUAGAGUUCUAGCAUCGAUGUACAAAGUGUUCCGUGUUGAGUCAGAGAUAAAGUAACCACUGCUGUGUCAAAUAAAUCGUCAAAUGUGAGUAUGAAAAAAGUA